AAGUCGUUCCAAGAAUGGGGCCCUCACCGUUCGUGGGCAGAAUUGCCCACGAUUCCUCGGCCCACUAUGACUGUUGCCCUGCCCUUUUGCGUAAUAUUUAUUGCCUCCCUCGGUUUAGACUUUACUAGCUAGCUAAGCCCCUCAUAUAUUUCCAAUCGAAUAAAGGUCAGAUUAUUAAUAGGCCAGGAAUGAAUGAUAUGAGGACGAUGAUAGACUUGGGAAGCCAGCGGGGACGCAUUAGCAUAAUGGACACACCCACAUCCGUCGACUGUGCCAGAGAAGUGAGGUUUCGACGCUCUUUCCGAUCACUGGUUGAGUGCAUGGUCCCAUGCUGUGGCUUCCAACCCUCAUCACUCGACGAUUCCCUCUCCACUGACUCUGACGCCUCCACCGUCACCGGAACCUUCUUUGGCUUCCGGAAGGGCCGAGUUAGCUUCUGCCUCCAAGACGAUACCCGCAGCUCUCCAUUUCUCCUCCUGGAAUUCGCAGUUCCCACAUCAUAUCUGGCCAGAGAGAUGCAGCAAGGUCUCCUCCGCAUCGCCCUAGAGUGCGACAGAAAAAGAGAGCGAGAGAGGUCAAGCUCGUGCUCCCUAUUCAACGUCCCCGUCUGGUCCAUGUACUGCAAUGGCAGGAAGGUCGGGUUCGCCGUUAGAAGGCAGAUGGCCGUGGGCGACUUGGCUGUUUUGAAGCUGAUGCAGACUGUGUCCGUUGGGGCGGGUGUUCUGCCCGCACAAGGAGACCUCAUGUAUUUACGUGUCCGAUUCGACCGAGUCAUUGGCUCUGCUGACUCCGAGUCAUUUCACAUGAUUAACCCGGUCGGGACUUCUGGGCAACAACUCAGUCUAUUCCUCUUGAGAUCAUGACAACCAUCCCUAGCCAGCUAGCUAGCUAAUUAACACAUAAUAUAAAUAUAUAUUUAGAACUACUUUAGUUUCUUAGUUUUUUGUAUUUGUAUCUGAGUAUUUCUAUUUAAAUUACAUGAAUGGCUAUCUAAAACAUGUCAUUAAA